CAAUUUCACCAAUGGCCUAUUGGGAACCAUGGGUGGGAGAGUUCAUUGCAUUUUAGUUCCUCUCAAAAAGCUGAGGAGGGCCAUAAAUUAAGAAAGAGAAGCAUGUGAGAAAAUUACGGGUGAAGCAUUGGAAUGAUUUGUUGGAUUGUCUUUUUUAUUGCAAGGGAACUCACUACUUGUCCCUACAUUGUUUUCUUGCCUCUAACUCUUCCUUCUCGUUUGUACAAAACCAGCCUUCUGGAAAUAAGUUAAUGUUGUUAAAAAAAUCCUCUCAAAGUCACCCUCAACGGGGGCUGUUGAGAUGUUGUGGUCAGACAACUCAAGUCUCCCGCUUAGUCUCAAACCUAGCAGUUGCUUCAAGUUAUGGAAAGCGAAAAAACCAGAAGCUGAGAGGGAUAUAUAUAACUGUAACACACAAUACAAGUACUUAACAACCAGUUGGUGAGCCAUACUCCUAACUCUAGAUGAUUCCAAUAUUGGAAAUGUGGAAAUUUGUUACUUAUCUUUCUUAACACUCAUACAACACAACCGAUAUUUCAUUGCUGAAGAAGAAAACUCAAGAUCAGUUUGCAUUCAGCAGUUGUUGAAACCCGAAUUCAGGAAAUUUGCUUAAAAUUAGAAUCUAACUCCUGUCAUUGCUACAAGUCUGUGGAGAUGAGAUUUGUCAUCUCGGCUUUGUUUCUUCUUGUGCUCUUUUCUCAUGCAGCGGCAUAUGAUCCUUUGGAUCCAAAUGGAAAUGUAACAAUCAAAUGGGAUAUUGUGUCUUGGACCCCAGAUGGCUAUGUGGCUGUUGUGACAAUAAACAAUUUUCAAAUGUAUCGGCACAUCAUGAGUCCUGGUUGGACCGUUGGGUGGACAUGGGCUAAGAAAGAAGUGAUAUGGUCCAUGGUAGGGGCUCAAACUACUGAGCAAGGUGACUGCUCCAAGUUCAAAGGAAACGUACCUCACUGCUGCAAGAAAACCCCCACAGUUGUAGACCUGCUCCCUGGUGUUCCCUACAACCAACAAUUCACCAAUUGCUGCAAAGGUGGAGUGCUUCCAGCAUGGGGUCAAGACCCUCAAGCCGCAGUCUCAGCUUUCCAAGUGAGUGUUGGAUUAGCCGGUACUUCAAACAAGACUGUGAAACUUCCCAAGAACUUUACUUUACUUGGUCCAGGACCCGGAUACACCUGUGGUCCUGCAAAGGUUGUGCCUUCCACCACUUUUCUCACCCCUGAUCGCCGCAGAAAAACUCAGGCCCUCAUGACAUGGAAUGUGACCUGCACUUAUUCACAGUUUCUAGCUAGAAAAAACCCGAGUUGUUGUGUAUCUUUCUCGUCUUUCUACAAUGAAACAAUCACUCCUUGCCCAUCUUGUGCUUGUGGAUGCCAGAACAAAAAGAGCUGUGUCAAGAGUGAUUCCAAGAUUCUUAAAAUGGUGGGAGUAAACACUCCACGGAAAGAUAACGCCCCUUUGCUUCAAUGUACGCACCAUAUGUGCCCGGUUCGGGUGCACUGGCAUGUCAAGCUCAACUACAAGGAGUACUGGCGUGUUAAGGUCUCAAUCACCAACUUCAACUACAGGAUGAACUACACACUUUGGAGCCUCGUUAUCCAGCACCCUAAUCUUAAUAAUGUAACACAAGUUUUCAGCUUUGAUUACAAGCCUAUUGUUCCCUACGAGUCAAUCAAUGACACAGGGAUGUUCUAUGGCAUGAAGUACUACAAUGACCUAUUGAUGGAAGCAGGGCCAUUUGGGAAUGUUCAAUCAGAGGUGCUUCUUAAGAAGGACGAGGACACCUUCACUUUCAAGCAGGGAUGGGCAUUUCCAAGGAAAGUCUAUUUCAAUGGUGAUGAAUGCAUGCUACCCCCACCUGAUACAUACCCAUUUCUACCAAAUUCCGCCCAUCAAGACCUAUUCUCCAUCUUAACACUCAUUGCUGCAAUGCUUUUCUCAUUAUUGACUGCUUGGUGAUUGUUUCUCAUGGAGUAUGAAAUGAUGGGGGAACUAGCAAUGAAAGUUUUCGAUUGGAAAGAUUUUACCAAGAUUACAGCGAGCACAAGUGAACAAA